CGGGCGCUCCUCGCAACCGGAGGGCGCCCUUACUCCCAGCAAAAGGCCGUAAGAACACCGAUCGGUGCCAUUCCCAAAAUUCGCUGGCAUGACGUCGGGGCAGCAUCAGUACGAGCAACUUUUUUUGGCCGAUGCCCGUGAUGCCGCCCUGGGCAAAUGCCCAUGUGGCCCAUAAGAGAAACCGCUACUGCUCCCACCUGACAAUAAAGUGUCUCAGGCAGCGAGCCUCAGCCUGAGCCACGGAGCAGCAGCUGGGACUGAAUAUUUUAUGCCUGAUUAUUAUCUGGAUCAUGAUCAGCGGAUUUAUCGGCGCUCUGGAUCAAUAACUGCUUAUGUGCUGCUGCAGCCCCUCCUCCCGCCAGCAGGGGGAAUCCUGCUCUCACAUCAAACAGCGCAGGAACCCUCAAUCUCUGCGCAUGCUCACCGGAAGUAAACAAAUCAGCAUGGCAGCACGCUGCUUGGAAAGAAGCGAUCGGCAGUAUUGAUGAUAAACGUAUCGAUACAGACAGUUAUUGUCGCUGCUGAGGGGAGGAGUUGAUCAUCGAUCAACUGAUGGUAUAAUCAGUCAGCUGCAGGAUGGAAGCAGUGAGGAAUCGACUGGCCGAGUGUUCACAGGAGGCUCACGAUCUGUACCUGAACCAAUCGGUGCCCUACCUGGACGGGCCACCUGAGCCGCUGCAGUUCCACCGUGACUGGAUCGCUCCAAACAAGCCCUGCAUCAUCCGCAACGCCUUCAGCCACUGGCCAGCCCUGGCCAAGUGGAGCCCUGACUAUCUGAGGGAGAAGGUGGGGUCAAAGGUUAUAAGCGUGGCAGUGACUCCAAAUGGCUACGCCGACGCGGUAAAUGGAGAUCGAUUUGUGAUGCCUGAAGAGAGACAGAUGAGCUUCUCCUCUGUUCUUGACAUCAUCGAGGGGAAGGUGGACAAAGGGGGCGGAGUCUUUUAUGUCCAGAAGCAGUGCUCCAACCUGCUGCAGGAGCUGCCCGAGCUCACUGCUGACGUACAGCCGCACAUUGCCUGGAUGAGCACGGCACUCGGAAAGCUGCCGGACGCUGUGAACUUUUGGCUCGGAGAGGCAAACGCCAUCACCUCCAUGCACAAAGAUCACUACGAGAAUCUUUACUGCGUCGUCUCUGGAGAGAAACACUUUGUUUUGAUGCCGCCCACAGACCGCCCUUUCAUCCCCUAUGGUUUGUUCCAACCAGCCAUUUACCAUCAGAGAGAUGACGGCGAGUUCGAGGUCAUCGAUCAGAGCGACUCAGAGAUGGUCCCAUGGAUCCCUCUGGACCCACUGAACCCGGACCUGGAGCGGUUCCCGCAGUACCGGCGGGCGCGGCCGCUCCACUGCAGCGUGAAGGCCGGAGAGAUGCUGUACUUGCCGUCGCUGUGGUUCCACCACGUACAGCAGUCACAUGGCUGCAUCGCAGUGAACUUCUGGUACGACAUGGACUACGACAUCAAGUACAACUACUUUCAACUGCUGGAGGCUCUGUGUGAGGUCACAAGGUCCACGUGACAUCACAGCGACAGUGCCACAUGGCCAAUGAAGUUUUGUUUCUGUGGUGUUUGCAGGUCAAAGUUGGUCAGAAAAUACAUUUGACUAAAGCUCCUCUCCUUCAUCGUUGGAGUCGUCAUCAGCAGCCCAGCCAUGGUUUCCCACGAUUCUUUAUUCACUUUGAGAAUAAAAUUUAUUGUUCUGUCACUGAAAACUUCAUCAAUAACGUUCACGUGGCGUGGAUUGAUUCCACUUCCUGUUAGUGCCUUUGAACGAGCUGCGGAUCAAUAAAAAUAAAAGUCAAACUUUCUCUUUGUGAAUU